GGUGGAGGGAGAUGGCAACAGCAACAAUUUAUAGUAUUAUAUAACUAAUCUUUCCUGGCGUGCUUCUCGCUUCGGAGUUUCGUCUGCAGAGGUAAACAAACCGUGGAUUCGAGAAAUUUCCGUUCUUUUAAGGGUCUAGCAUGACCUGGUUAUCUCACAUUCGUCAUGCUGGCAAGAUCACACACUCCAGAUGGCAAGCUGUCAGCACCCAGCUGAGGAAGUUCUCAUCAUCAAAACAGAUCCAUUCUGAAGUUCGUGUGCGGUUUGCUCCAAGUCCAACUGGACAUCUCCACUUGGGUGGCUUGCGAACCGCUCUUUAUAACUAUCUUUUUGCGAAAUCUAAUAAUGGGAAAUUCAUAUUGAGGAUUGAGGACACAGACCAAGCCCGCCUGGUUCCUCAAGCUGCUAGAAAGCUCGAAGAUAUUUUGAAUUGGUCCAAAAUCUCUCCUGAUGAAUCUCCAUUGCUGUCCGGCCCACGAGGACCUUAUGUGCAAUCGGAACGCAUAGACUUGUACCAGAAACACAUACAAACCCUUCUUGAGAAUGGGUCUGCAUAUAAGUGUUUCUGUACUGAUACAAGACUGGACUUACUGCGGAAAGAUGCCCUCAGGCGAAGAGAAACACCCAAGUAUGACAACAAGUGUAGAUCUCUUUCUUUUGCUAAGAUUGAAGAAUUUGAGAAGCAAGGAAGGCCACAUUGCAUAAGAUUGAAGUUGGAGGACAUAACGGAGCCUUUCCACGACUUGGUGUAUGGACCAAUUUUGUAUAAUGUGGCUCAGCAGGAAGGGGACCCUGUAUUACUCAAGUCAGAUGGAUUCCCCACAUACCACUUUGCUAAUGUUGUGGACGAUCAUUUAAUGGAGGUUACGCAUGUGCUGCGGGGUGUGGAGUGGCAGAUAUCAACUCCAAAACAUCUGCUUCUAUAUAAAGCAUUUGGCUGGGAGCCCCCACAGUUUGGACACCUUCCCCUGAUCAAGAACAGAGAUGGCACGAAGCUUUCCAAGAGGCAGGGGGAUCUACACAUUGAGCGGCUCCGUACACAGGGAUAUUCUCCUGAAGCCAUCAUCAAUUUUGUGACUGAUAUUGGUGGGGGUUUUGAGGACAGGGACCACAAUGCACUGAUGACUGUGGAAGAGCUGACUGAGAAGUUCUGCUUGUCUAGGGUCACAACUAAUUCUUGUCGACUUGAUAUGGAGAAAAUUAAUUGGUUCAAUCAGAUGGACCUUCAGAGACGACUACAGAUUACAGGAGAACGAGAUGUCUUAGUAGACGAACUGCGGCAUCUUGUGCAGACCUCCUAUGGAAUAAGUCAUAGGUGUUGUACUACCCAAGAGAGUGUCCUCACCACAGAAUAUUUAACAAAUGUUUUGGUUUGGGGUCAGCAGAGAAUCACAAGACUUGAUGACCUUAUUGCCCCAGAGUUCACGUAUAUUUGGGUCAUUCCUGAGGAGCUUCCACUUGACCAGCUGCCAGAGAUGUCAUGCAGUCAUGCUGAUGUCUUACAGUAUUUUUUGGAGACCAUUGUUGUCAUGCCACCUGAAAAAUUUACAAAAGAGCAAAUUCCAAAGUAUGUAAAAUUGGUGGCAAAGUGGUUCUCACUGAAAACUCCUGUUUUGAUGAAGCUACUGAGGAUGGCUAUCAGUGGUCAAAAGGAAGGACCACCUGUUGGGGAGAUGCUAUCUAUCUUGGGGAAGGAGACCACUAUAGAGAGGCUUAAACAUGCCUAUGCGUUACUAGACAAGAGAUAACUGUGUAUCCUUGGAACAUCAAUAUAUCUAGUGUUGUGUAUAGUAAAAGAUUUUAUUGGAAAUAUUGUUUUUCUUUGUUAUUAAUAUUCAUUUACAGUAUGAGAGGAGAAAAUGACAAUUAACAUUUAUAUAAUCUCAAUAAUUGGUUCGUAUAAUGCCAUCAUGACUGGAACCGUUUGAAAGCAAUUUUUUUUUUUUUUAUGUUAGAGUGAAUGGUGUGGUAAUUCAUACUGAGUAGUCACCAUAGAAAUUUAUUUUCAAAAUUUACAGUAUCAAGGUCACAUAUUAUUAAAAUAAUACCUACUACACUCUGCUAUGUAUAAAUAUUUUAUAUAUAAAUUUAUACAUUACAUUUGAAAAUCUGUCAUAGCAAGCUGUUAAAACCUAAAGCAUUAGGGAUGUAUACAGCUCUCUACAAGCUUUUCCUCUGCUUUCCCAUACCAAGUUCUUAAGCCUUGCUCUUGCUUUGGUAGAUGUUUUGUUUGUAAUGGUAAUAAAUAUAUACUUCCUUUAAUUAAUUAGCAUGAAAGUCAAAGUGUCCCUUAUGGUACAAAUCAUUAAGUAAAGUAAGAUCAGUUUAUUUCCAUUUACAAAUAUAUAUAUAUACACAUACUGACAACUUCAAAGACAAAUAUUAAGACUCUACCAUUGGUAAAGUGUUACAAUUAAAUCUUCCAGGGAUAAUGUAACCAUGAAAUAAAAAUAUAUAGAUUCUCUCCCAUUUAGGGUAUCAAUCAGCAUACAAAAUGCUGAUCAAAACACAACACAGACAUUUACAUUCAAUUACCUUGAUACAGCUCAGAGAAAAAAAAGCUUUAUAUACAUGCAGGACAUCAAAGUGUCAAAGUGAGAUAGAAAGGGGGGAAAAAAGAGUUCAUGAAAGAGAAUAGUCAAAUUCAGAAACUUUUUGAAGUCCAUUUCACCAGCUAAUAAACAAAGGAAACAUAAGCUGAAAAUCUGAGACAAUGUACAAUACAUUAUGGAGAGAUCUGCUGUCUCACACUACACUAAAAAUGGUCAUCCCUUAAUUGAUUGUUUUCUUGUUAUGUUUUGUUUGUUUUUUAAUUCUCUAGUGUAUGGGUAAUCUUGCCUGAAGUAUAACUGCUCUUCACUUUACAAAGUUUAUUGCCUCUAAAGUGUUUAUGCUCUGAGCAAAAUAAAAUCUUUGAUAACAUAAUUACACAUAAAUGAAAGGUGCAUCAGUCUGAACACACAAAAAAUGCUUUGACUUUCAUAGAAACAAGAUGAGUAAGAAAAAUUAACCAGAUUCUCCAAGACACCUUAUUUCAUUACAAUAAUAAUAAUUACAAACAGAAAUCCACCUUAAUUAACAACUCAAAAUCAGCAUCCCAAUUACCCUUGAACAACAAUAGGUCAUGAUUAAUGCCCAGUGCAACUAGCCGGUAUCAUGAAAAUUAUAAAGCCAGCAUCACACUAGCAACAUUUUUAGUAUAGAUAUAUCUUAAAUAUUUGUUUUCUUGUAUCAUGUGCACACACUAUAAACUCAGAACAUGAACAAAACACAGUUGAAAAAAGUCACCUAUUUUCUGAAGCCUAACUGAUUCAUUGGUUCAUUUCAAGAUGCUUAUCGUUACUGCAACCAUUAUCAUUAUUAUUAUUAUUAUUAUUUUUUUUUUACAUACACAAGUAAAAGAUCCUCCUAGAAGAAUGAUAAUACACAUAAUUUAAAGCAGGUAUAUUAUGUGAGUGCUUGUCCCUCUACAAACAUGCCAUGGCUGUUCAGGAAGAUGAACUAGCUAUAACAGGAUCAUGAUAUUCUUGAUAAAUUUGAGAGAAAGAGAGAGAAAGAGAGAGAAAGA